GGGUGAUAUAUCUGAAAACGAAGACAGUUUAACGUAUUACUUUUUUGAAUGUCACAGAAUGAAAGGGACUUUUUUGGAAAGCUGCAAUUUACGAGUCAAGUUGUGCGUCUUUAUGAAGAUCCACAUAUACAGCAAGUAGCAUUGAGUCAUGUACCAGUUGAGGAGUUAAAGAAAAAAGCAAAGGAGGCUUGUGAAAAAAGCAAAGAAGGCGGACAAGAUGGUGUGGACGAAAAAGAUUGUUUUCUGUUAGAGGUUCUUAGAUGGUUUGGUAUGCACAAACAAUUUGUUUAUUUUUUGUUUUUGUUGAACCGCAGUUUAAUGGUUUGAACCCAGGAGUAAUGUAUGUCCUGAGCAGUUUAAUUUGUGAUCGUAGUCAUGAAUAGGUUAUUAUCGUCAGCCUCAUUUAAGUGACUGAUUAUAUCUGCUUAGUCAAAUGGUGCUUAAUGAUCGAGUAAGGGCAUAGUUCCUUCAUUCAACAUACCUUCCACAAGCCGACUGCACCUCCACUUACGCCCAGUCCUGAGGGUGUCCUCUUACAUGAGGUCAAACCAUUAUUUUCAUAAGUACUAACCCAGUCUGGGCAAAAAACUACUUUUGAUGCAAGUCCAGCCAUUUUCUGGUCACGUUCUGGCCAAAAAGAACUGAGACUACCCAAAAUGUUUAUAAGUUGACUACUAUAUUAUGUUGCUGUCUGUUCCUGAUGCUAAAGCUUCUGGACUUUUGGAAUGCACAGAAGGCACAUUUUGAGGUUUAUUUUGACACUACCCUCCCAAAUUUUUGCCUUUUGCUUUCUCUCCUUCCUGCUUCCUUUGCUUUUUUAUUUUUUUUGCUGUACUUUUUUUCUUUUGCUGGGCAUUCUCUAGGCUUUGUUUCGGUGGGAAAGGUUUCUGUCAAAACCCUGAGGAUCAUGAAAUUAUUUGAAAGGAAGUAUGGGUGACUGAGUAAUGGGACGAAAUUUUCAUUGGAAUUUUCCUGUCUACUUUAAAGGUUUUUUUUUUUUUUUUUUGGGCUAGUUUAACUGACUUGUGCUCAUUCAGGCGUGGUUUGAAAGAUCUCUUCUCCCUGCACAAGUUAGGAGUCAAGGUGUCUAUCACUGUUUAAAGUGUUGACAUGUUGAGGCCUCAAAUGAAAUAAAAUGACCCUAAAUGUAAUAAAGGUCCUAAGUGUAAUAAAUUUUGGCCCUCACAAAGACUCAUUAAUAAUUCAUAAAGAUGUUAAUGUUAAUGUUAACAAGUGUCUUCAUAUCCGAUAAAGGCACAGCUAAACGUUACGUCCAAAGUUUUAGACCAAGGUAACCUGAAAUCUAAAUAUUAGUACAAGACUGAUUUGAUCUAUAUCAGAUUUUGAAGCCGUUUAAAAAACUUGCAGUUGUGUAUUAUCAGUUGUAAAAACUCUCAGCUUUGCCUGGAGAUUUUAAACCUGAUAAUACACUCCUGCUCAUUUUUUAAAUAGUACUAAAGGUUCUAAACGUAAUAGCGUAUGGUCCUAAAUGUAAAUAUGAAAGACCCAACAGUUGUAUAAUAACUGUUGGCCCUAAACUUGAUGAAGUCACUGACUGAAACAUGCAAUGGUCUGAUGCGAUAAUGUCAUAGCCAGGUGAUUCACUUUCUAUGCCAUGUAAUUUUUAUUGACAUUCACCAUUUCCACAUAGCCCAUAAUACAUCUUGUUUACCUUUCAAAAUUUUGCAUAACCAUUGUUUCUGUCUUCUCCUGGGUAUUACAGGUUUUCCAAGGUAAACUGAAAACAAGGCUUAGGCAUAAACCUUUGGUGGGAAACAAGGUGUAUUAUUAUUUGGGUAAUGUGAAAAGAGAAGCGGAAAAAUUAUAACAAAAAUUCUUAAAUGACUACAAUGGUAUUGGUAAAGUUUCUCUGAAACCAGAACAGAGUUCUAAACAAACCCCAAGGUACCUGGCCUUGUUAAAUCUGAACCUGAUAUUAGGAAAAGAAGGAAAACUAACCAAGGUGGACUGUUUUAAAGUAAAAUUGGCUCCUAUUUAAUCACAUGUCAAUAAUGUUUCAGGGUUCAACUAUUAUAUAUGUACAGGGGAGUGAUUUGUAGUUUAUUGAGAGCAAGAAUAGAUUUUUUGCCAGAAGAAACAAUAAAUAGUUCAAAGGGCAGCAAUACACAAAGAGGUUCAAGGCCUUGUCAAAGUUGAGUUACAUUCAUGUUAAUAGGGAGUUAAAGCAAAGGUUAUUACACUUAGGACCUCUAUUACAUUUCCUCAGUGGGGCAAAAAUUUAUUACACUUGGGACCUGUAUUACAUUUAGGGUCAUUUAAUACAUCUGAGGCCUCAACACGAUGUCACAAGUGGGACAAACAGGGAUCUGCAUGGGCAGUUCACAUGUUCAUUCUUUAGACUUAAAAGAGGUAUAGUUUGUAAAACAUGUAUAAUAACAUUUAUAUCUGUCAUUACAACAACAUCACAACAAUUUAGAUUUUUCUUUCAGGUUCUUUUUUUCACUGGCUUAGCAAACCACAUUGUGCAGAUUGUGGUACUGAGACAGAACGCAAAGCAGGAGCACACCCAACGGAUGAAGAGAGACUGUGGCUAGCGGGGAUGGUUGAAGUAUAUAGAUGCCCUAAUUGUGGGAAAGAUGAGAGAUUUCCUAGAUACAAUCAUCCACAAAAACUACUAGGUAAUAUUAUUUAUGUCUUAGAAAUAAGACAGUAUUAGGUACAACAAAGAAAUGCUUGGAAAAAAAAUCGGAACCCCCAGCAGGAAUCGAGCCCACGACCUCCCAAAAACUAGGAGGAUGCUCUAACCACUGAGCUAUGGGCAUCUCAUAUAGUGAGCAAGUCACAGGUUUAGUACACUUUAGUCCGGUGUACUCGCGACAUGUGAAAUCUUGUGACUUCCGAAAAAAAACCUGCCACCUGCACACCAUAAGAGUUGCACCUGGCUCAGUGGUUAGAGCAUCCUACUAGCAUCUGGGGCAGUAUGGGUUUGAUUCCUGCUGGGGGUUCAGAUUUUUUUUUCCAAGCAUUUCUAUGUUGUACCUAAUACUUUUUCCAGUCUCAUCAUCGCACUUGUGUGGUUAUUAUUUUAUAUCUUGUUGAUUAAAAUAAUGCAAUUAGGGUUAUUCAAUUAUGGUAAAUUCUGAGACUCACCAAGACAUAGAGUCCUUAUAGAAUAUUGUUUAAAAAUCCAAAAAGCUUGAAACUCCAAGAUAGAAAGACACACCCAAGAGUCACCCACCUUUCACCUAAAUGAUCAUAAGGAGACUGUUAAAAUGAACCUUAACCCUUAAAACAGCUAUUAAAGUAAUCACCUUUAAUUUCUGACUAGUCAGUUAAAUACUUAAAAGUUCCCAUCUAGCCCCUUGCAACAAAUAAGCCAGUGUCUUGUCUUUUUCCAGAAACCCGUCAAGGCAGAUGUGGGGAGUUUGGGAACUGUAAAGCAUUGAUUCUGCGGUCACUGGGUUUCGAGGUUCGACACAUCACUGACUGGACAGACCAUGUUUGGGUUGAAGUCUACUUAGACUCUCAACAAAGAUGGAUUAUCUGUGACGGAGGCAAAUGUGAUGCCUUCCUGCUUUAUGAACAGAGCUGGGGAAAGAAAUUAACUUACAUUGUGGCAGUUUCUAUAGAUGAGGUGUGCUACACUGUAUAAAGUUGAUAUGUUAAGUUCAAUGAUAGUCCUAGCUUUGUUUAAUUUAUACAGUGCUCCUACCUGGCAUCCUCAACAUGCUGGCCCAUUUUAGUUUAGAUGAUUGCAUCAUUGGCCAGGGGCAUAAACAAUGAACCUUGUCUCCUUUACAAGUACUGAUGUAUCAUACAAUACAAUACAAUACAAUCGUUUAUUGACACUCCCCUGGUGGGGCUUUUCGGUGACAAUGCGACUAAAAAAAACUAAUUAAGAUAAGAGAAGUAGUUAACAAUUCGAUUAAAAAGAAAGAAUGCGGUGAACAAAGCAAUAUAAACAUACCUAUUUAAGAAUUAAUCGUAUAAUAAAUAUUCUCACUACGUACUAUACAAUAUGCAUAUUUUAAGUUAAAAUAAAAUAAGAUACUAGUAAGAUACUAAAAUACUAUCAUAACGUGCUAUUUAAAAAGUCAGUAAUCAACUUGUUUUUCAGACAAAAUUUAAAAGUAGAAAUCGAUUUUGCAGUUUUAAGAGUACUGUCUAGAUUGUUCCAAAUGUGCACCAUGCGGUAGUGGAAUGUUCUCUGUCCGGUACUCGACUUUUACAAGGGAAUGUUUAAUAAUUGGCAACUUCGAGUCACACGCCCGGUGACCGCAAUUCUUGUUGUAAAUUGAUCGCUGAGGUAAUGUGGAGCUUGACCAGUCAUGCAUUUAAAUGCCAUGAGAGCGUCGCGUGACCAAGUUUCCAAAGCAAGGAACUCCCUAUAUAGCAUGGGGGCUUUAUGGGGUUAACUCCAAGAUCCCUAAAGUCACCUAAUAAUCCUGGCUUUCUGAGUUAUUCAAUUCAGACUUGAUAUUAGCUACCUUUUUCCAUUUCAACUUGGAAAUAAAUACUUUUAUAAAAAACGUUUAACAGGAAAAAUUUGACAGAUUUCUUUGAAAUUAUAAAGGAAAUAAAGGGAGAUGUAAAGAAUCGACCAUAAGAGGACACAGAAAAAAUCUGAGGCCCAGAUGGGAUUCGAACCCAUGAGCCUCCGUGUUCUAGAUCAGAUGCUCUAACCUCUGAGCUACUGAGGACCUGUUGGCGAGCAAGGGUCAUUUUUUGCAGGUUGGACUUGUGAACUGCAUCAAGCAGUCAUGCAGUCCAUCACAAGCAACACAUUAAGGCUUAACCGCAUCACGCAGUCACAUUAUUUGCAAUAAAUGCCUCGCCUAUGAAGGAGCCUCCAACCAACCUAUGCCACUGAUAUUAGUAUUAUAAAGGAAAUAAAGGGAGAUGUAAAGAAUGGACUGCGUGACUGCGUGAUGUGGUUCGCAAGUCCAACCCAGAAAAAAUGACCAUUGCUCACCAACGAGUCCUCGGUAGCUCAGAGGUUAGAGCAUCUGAUCUAGAACACGGAGGGUCGUGGAUUCGAAUCCCAUCUGGGGCUCAGAUUUUUUCUGUGUCCUCUUAUGUUCGAUUCUUUACAUCUCCCUUUAUUUCAUAAUACUAAUAUCAGUGGCAUAGAUUCUUUAAAAUUGUGAAGAAAAAAUAUUUUGGAGAUCAGUAUGGAUCUGUGCCUGCUUCAUGCUUCCAUAUUGAUUCAAGGGAGACUACAGAACCCACACAGCUGUCCUAGACAAUAGGCCCCACUUUUCCUGAGUUGUGUGUGGGGUUGGGAUUCUAUUCAAGGCAAAUAAGCUAGCAUUAUUAUCUACAGCCCAGCUCAGUAACAAUCAAGACCAAAGAUAAAAAUAGUCUUUUGUUCACUCAUUCAUUCUUCAACUGUAAGUUACCUUUUGAGCAAUUAUCAAUUAGGUUAAAUUUCCUUCAUUAAGUAUCAAAACUUCUUUUUACUUAAAAUUCGAUUCAUCAAACUCAAUUGAUUUCUUUUGUAUUCUUAGGUAGUGGAUGUUACUUGGAAAUACUCAAUAAAACACAGUGAAGUUACACGAAGAAGAUUAUUGGUUAGGGAAGAAUGGCUGUCAAAAACAAUAGCAUUUUUUAAUCAAAAGGCAAGUAUAACUGAAGCAAAGGACCAGCUAGAAAUAAAACUGAUAUUAUAUAGUGCUAUUAAUAUGUACUCUCUGGGAAAAAAGACAGUUGUGAUGCUUUUAAUUUUUUAAAACAAUAUUUUGUUUUUGGGGAGGGAAUUGUUAAUAAAAACACAUAAUUGCCGUAUGCUGGCCCAUAGAUGAGAAUGUAAUUAAUGCCUACUUUGCUUUUUAACAGCGCCAACAAAUCCUGCCCUUAGAGCGUCGUGUUGCCUUACAAGAGCGUUUUGCCAGGGAACUUGCUGAAUUCUUUUCAAACUAUAAAGGAAAACUUUUUGGGACUGCUGCUUGGAGACGCAUGAUAGGAGUGCCAGAAUCACUGGUAAGAAGUGUUUCAUCCUGGAAGAGGUUUGCCUCUAUGAAAAUGGUGGGGAUACUUGUCAUAACUAUUAGAAGGUACAAUUUGUGGAUUGGUAUCACUCAGGGCACUAACAUCUAAAAUGGCCUGGUUAGAGUUGCUGUAGUACCUUUAAGGAGCAUUUUACUGUAUUGAGCCAUAAAAUGAAUCAAGGAAACUAUUUGUGAGUCAACUGCCUGGAUAGUUUUCAUUAUUAUUGAAAGUAAUCAGAGCCAGGUAAUUUAUUGUAGAAUAAUAAUAAUUGAUAGCUCUUAGGGGGAAAUGUAUUCCACCCCCCACAGAAUGAGAAUAUGUUACCUGACGUAUUAGGAGAGUUUCUGAAAAUUUCUGAGAGCACCCCUGUCUUUCCAGAUGCAGAGAAGGGAUAUCUUCUUCAUAAAUUGUCUAGUGAAUUACCAGUAGUGUUAGAUGGGAGAAGUAAUUAUUAUAAUUUUAAUUGAAUGUAUUAUUUUCAAAUUUUGGAAUAAUCAUCAGCCUAACAUAUCGGUGUCUAAUGGAACAGUGGACUGAAAGUACGAACAUGCACCUGUCCACCCUACCCUCUGAUCAGUGAGCAAAAUGUCUUUUUAUUUCGCAGCAUGAACCAUAUAUUUUUGUACCAACUGAUGAAGAGAUAAACAACAAAAGGUACCAACACAUUUUAUUCUGAUUUUUGAACGAGAGCCACUGUUGUAUGCUUUCGAGGUGUACUCAGGUUUUUGGCUAAUUAAUUAGCAAAGACGCCACAUUCACCACAUGAGAACACAAAACUGAACACAACUUCUUGUGCAGUUUGCCAUGAGUUUAACAUUUUGCACUCAGGAGGCUAAGAGAGUUCAAUAUUUCUAUGAUCAGCAAUCCUUCCAAAAUCAUACAGUCAUUAAAUAAGUUAGUAAGUAAAUUUUACAUUUAUGACAUAAAUUUCAUUGUCUUUUAUAGACUGACUUUGAGUUAUUGCUGUACAAGUGAUAAAUACUUCCGUGGAACCAAGAAGGAAUCAUUCCAGGUGGGCUGGAAAAAUGGAGCAGCAGAAGUGAUCUCAGUGUUCAGGAAAUAUGAACAUGAUUGGACAACGGUAAGUGCAGUAUGCAUUUAACAGGCACACUAACAUCAGUGGAAGCAUGAGCGCAUCAAAUGUACUAGGUAACAGUAUCUAACCUAGCUGAAAUAAUCUGAUUGUUCAGAAAAUAUGAGCAUGCUAUUACAACAUAAAAUCAACUAUACCUGUCACACUUACUCUGAAGGCAUGGAGGCAUACUUGUGUCAUAUAACAGGUGUUGCAAUGUAGAAGUAUUAAUGUUCAGAAGAUAUAAGCGUGAUUGGACUACAGCAAGUUUAGUUUUCACGGACAUACUAACAUAGGCAGGACAUAUGAAUGUGUCACAGGUAUGCCAAUAUCAUGGAAGUGAUCUUUUUGUACAGGGAAUGUAAGGGUUAUUGGACUGUGCAAGUAAAAGUUUUGCAGGCACGUCAACAUAGGUAGGAUGUACACGUGUCAUAGGUAUAGCAACAGAGUGGAGAUGUGGAGGAGACAGCAGAAUGUGUGUGUGAAUGAACAAGCUGGAGUUAGUGCAGCAGCUUCUUUUUCACCUGAUCACCAAGAUGGCUGGUGGUAUGAGUGUUUCACAGAUUGUCCAAUAAAACUGUCUGGUAUUGGGUGAAGGUCAAGUGAUCUUGGUAUUUGGCAAAUAUGAGCAUGUUUGGACAAUGUAAACGAUGGUAAUCACAGGCAUACCAACAGCGGCUGGGGUUAUGAGUGUGCAUCACAGCUAUACCAACAUGGGGAUCUUGAUAUUUAAUAUUGUAAAAUUUUUUGUCCAUUGUAGGUGAUUGCUUAUCUCCUUGAGAGAGGAGUCCAGGGGGAUGACCUGACAUCCUUACAGACAGGAAAUGUAAGCAUAUUAAAGUAAACAGUACCUUUUUGUGAAAGGUGUGAAUGAUUUGGGACAGACACAGUUGUUGUCUGUUCACAUUGAGUCACUGGUGCCUGAAUAAACAUGUCAACCAUUAGUAAAACUGCCUUGUGGUUUGUUUUAACUAUGAAAAUUAGCAUUAAAAACUAAUGACGUUUUAACUGUCUAACAGUUAUUUUCAAGUUCAAUAUAAAGGGUCUGUUAACUUAGGCCACAGUUUAAGAAAUCAUUUGAUCUCCAGAUCUCAUUCCUAGUGGAUUAAUUUAAGAAAAUAAGUGCUGUGUGUGAGAUUAUAACUUUGCGUGACAAUCAAGAUGGACACUUAAUUAUCGUGGUAGUGAUCAGAAUGUAUAUCAAUAAGGGAUCAAUUAUUGCGGUACCUUGUUUUUAAGCAUGUCAUCUUAAUCUUUUUUUAGUUAGUUGGGUUUAGAUUGCGUGUGUACCUUUGGCAGUGAACGUUUCGUAUUUGGAAUAAACCCUUGAAACUGUGAAAUCGUGAAGUUUCUGCGUUAGCAUUCACGACAGUGCUUUUCAAGUCUACACGAUAAAUGGUGUUUAGAUAAAAGCGCUGAGCAAACUGAAAAUGGCUUAGAAUGCAGUUUUGUUGAACACGGGCUAAACUCAGUUUAAAUAAGUGGCCCAAAAAGUUUAAGAACUCAUUUAUUUUGACUGGACUUAUGAGAUAACAAUUAAAAAAACUAAACUAUUUCCUUAGAAGUGAUAGAAAAUCGUACAAGUGUUAAGUGAACACGAAAGCUAACAAUAGAUUCUGGUUUGAUUCUAAAUUUCUAAAAAGCACCCUCAAAAAAUUUACAAACAAUUUAAUUUCCCUGUAGGAAUGUUAAUCCUUUUGAUUUUUUCUGACUGUAUAAUUAUUCAUUUCUUUAUUAUUUUUCUUUUUCGUUCUUAGUUUUGUAUCGUUCAACAGUUUGUUAAUAUGAUAAUUUAUGACUAGGUAACUUUCUUGAUGUAUUUAAAGAUAAUUAUUAUUUCAUUUUUUUUUGUAAGGCUUACUUAGCACGACUACAUGGCUCUCCAUCUGGCCUGAUUGCAUGGAAGGUGGAUUUUACUUCCUCUGAUUUAGUGAUUGACGAAGUUACUAUAACGGCCAAGGUCACUACAACAGAAACUGGGCGAGUAGACUGGAAACUAGUAGGGGAUGAUGAAGACACACAAAGCCUCGAUUUUAGUAAUGGUGUGUACCCCAUUACUUAAAAUUUUCCCAACAGUUAAAAAAUUAAGGAAAAUUGUGCAAAGCACUUUUCAGAGAUGAAAGUGACAGUUCUUGCUGUUUUCAGUCAUUUUAACAGAAAUACAUUUACAAUUUGCAAUUUCAUCUCGUAAAAAGGUAUUUUAUUAGUUCCAUCCGAAAGUAUGCACAAUUUGUCUUUCAUUAUACUUAUACCACGGGAUUUCAUCUGUAGACUUAAAGUUACAACUCAAUCAAAUUGAUUGGUUGUUUGAUGGAUUGAUUGAUUGAGUGAUUGAUUGAUUGUUUGAUUGACUGAUUGAGUGAUUGAUUGAUUGAUUGAUUGAGUGAAUGAGUGAGUGAUUGAUUGAUUGAGUGAUUGAUUGAUUGAUUGGCAGAUUGAUUGAUUGAGUGAUUGAUUGAUUGAUUGGUUGACCAACCAACUGAGUGACUGUUUCACUCACUCCCUGAUUCAUGCACUGAGUGAAGGACAUAACUGGCUGACUGAUUAUUUGACUGAGUGACUGAUUCAUUGAUUAAUUGAAAUUAAAACUGAUUCAUUCUUGAAACAUGAUGCUUACAUAUGAUAUCUGCGGUAUCUUGCAGGUCAGAAAUUAUUAAAAACUUCAUCCUUAAGUGGCUCCAAGACUUUGAAACUGACAGCUCAACUCAGUGGUGGGCGAGGUGAUAAUGCCUGGAAACAAGCAAAGUUAUUUAGCCAACCAAUCAGCAAUGAGAAUGAUUUUACCUUUGAAAUCACAAUCACUCUUCGUGUUCCUUAGUGAAAGUCAUUUAAACAUGUAAAUCUUAAUAUCAUCAUGGAUAUUCUCCAUAUAAAUUCUUUCACACAAUUCCCAUGCUACUGAUGAUGAGAAUUUGUGUUAUUGUCAAGAUAUUUUUUUAAUGAUCAUUUCCAUAUAAUUCUCAACACCUUUGUAUUUGCUAAAGCUUUGAUCUUCUGUGGAGAAUUAGAUGUGGCCUUUUUUAGUAACAGGCAACUUUGAGAAAUUCAUAAAUAUAUUUCCUAGUAAUAAUUCCUAGUUAUUAAAGUAAUAGAAAUAGGUUAAGUUGUAUAUGUUUUAUGAGCAAAAUUUGUCCUUUCUAAGAAGAACUGAUUUUUAAGUGGACCAUAAGGUGGCUGGUUUUAGAUACUUCCAAUAAUAAUUUAGAUCAAAUAUCACAGUAUUAAAUAUAUUUAACCCAUUUCGGUCAGUUCGUUGAUCUUCUGUGUACAGUUUUUAUCAGUUAACAAAACCUUGUAAAUACGGUGGAAUGGGACGUUAUUUAUGAAACAUAUUAUUUAUCAAAAUCAUUAACUGUGUCGAUGCAAAACAAUAAAAAUUGUUAUUAUAUAUUAACAUAUUAUUUAUCAAAAUCAUUAACUAUGUCGAUGUAAAACAAUAAAGAUUGUUAUUAUAUAUCAACCUACUUUUCUCUGAUCAAUCUAUGAAUUUGUAAAUAGUGAAUGAUCCAUUGUAUUUCACUUAUUUUUUAACGUAUAUUUAUUAUCUUAGUUAUUUGGAAAUUUAUUUAGCUAUUUUAGUUGAUUAGUAGCCUUGUAACUGAAAAACCCUUUUAGGGAGUUGCAAUAAAGUAUGUAUGUAUGUAUGUAUGUAUGUGUGUAUUAUUUGAUUUAUUGAGUCUGGUGAUUCACACAAUUGUUAAUGUAUAGUGUAGGCAGUUACAAAAGUUGAACCGGAUCAACUCGGACCGCUAGUGCCGGUCGGAUCAACCCAGAUCGACUCCACGUGAUGCCAGAAACCGUUGCAGAUCUAAAGCUCAACUGGCUUUUAAUUUUAAGAGGCGUGGCCGACCACGUGUCGACUUUUCUAUUACGAAUUUUGACAGUCGCUAUCCCCAGUUAGUUCUGCGGCCUUUUGUAGGCUAUGCGGGGUGAUUAUUUCUUGCAUUUGCCUCGUUGUAUCGUUUCACAGAGCAACAUGUUCGUUAGAAGCGGUUGAACGACUAAACUACUUUCACGCCUUAUUAUGCGUUUCCAAUGAAAUUUAGCUGCAUCUGUUUGUUGUGCUACAAGGAAUACCCAGAAAAAUCCUUUGAAACACGUAUGAAAAUCAAUAACACACUAAGCCAACGUAGAUACCACGACGUUUUCUUUGUAUUGGUUGCCUUUUGCUGAUUUUGUGGGAUUUUUAACUGUUAUACUUUCAGGUCAAAGAAGCCACCCGAAAGAUUGCGGAGAGAUUUAACAUUUCUGGUCCGUUCAAUACUCGGUUUUUAGCCAAGAACAAUGAUAUCAUGGUAUGUUCACUAAUUACGUUUAUGUGGUCUGUAAUUAUAUUUACCUCGUGUUCGAUAUUGUUUUAGGAUUUUGUUUCUGCAUGUGAAUCGGUUUUAAUUUCCCUCCUCCUGGAAUCUGUUGCAUAUUCUCUCGCGUGUGUCACUAAAUAGAAAUCUUUCCGCGUUUAUCGCCGUUGCCAUCUCGUGAAGCUGGCCGCGUAGUUCAGGUUUCAUAGUUCACGCUCCAUGAGUUUUAAAUGAAAACAACGGUAAAACUUUCGGAACUUUCAUCUCCAGUGUCGCUCAAAAUCUGUCCAAAGCUUUAAUCAACCACCAACUCUUAAUUCUUGCCUCGAACAGGAAACUUAGUUUUUAAAUAGUUCUAAAACAGAUACCAACAGAACCAAAUUUCUAGCCUGCUCUACCCAACCCACACCCCCCUCCCCCCAAUCCCCUUAACCGCCGCCUCGAUGUGCAAAGGAGAAGUGAGCCAGCGAUAUCUAGAACUACUGUCAGAAAGUUGUACUUCAGAUAAGCGACACGAACACAACAUUUAUCAAACAUUUCGUUGAUUCUUUAAUUUUUAUUAGUACGGUUGGUCUAAAGAUAUUCUGGAUCUGGUGCUGUUUUAUCUGGGUACAAUUUUUUGAAGGUAAGUUUCGUUUUGUGAAUGUAGUUAUCAUAUUACUCCAUGAAAAAACAUGGUAAUUCUAAUUUGAAAAUUUGUCUUCCUGCUUCGUCAUGGUAAAGGAUACACUGCACUUUGUAGGUUUUAGUGAUGGCUACCGCUUUCGGGUUACUGGAUUACUACGGACAGCAGGUACGUUUAAAGAGGUUUCAAAACCUCAAACAGGACAUAGGGCAUUUCGAUGACCUAACUUUUUCUUCAAAGUGUUUCUAAGACGUUUGUUUACACGAUAUAAAAUGUUUUAUGAACAUUGUCAAUUUCUUUGCUUUCCAAAGCCCUGUAGACCGCUUCCUUUCGAUUUCAUGGCCUUCGAUUUUAUGAUAUUAUGCCCUUAAAAACAUUCAUGAAAUUUGUUAUCGAUCUUUAAUUCACAUUUUGGUGAUUGUAAAUUAAAAUUAAUGAUGAAGAUUGCCUGAUUGGCCCAUUUAUUGAUUUGCUAAUGGCUUACUUUACAACAUUACUUUCUGUGUAACUACGAAAUCGCACAUGAUUAGAAAUUGAAAAAUUCAUUCUGUUGCAAGAAUUACGCUGGCACUUUUCACCCAAGGGUAUUAAAGCCAAAUUCAAAGUAAGAGAUUCAGUUUAAAGAGAUCACCCUGUACGUGGAUCUUAGCUAAAAUGUAAGCUUUAAUUUAAAAUUUUGCCUUUUUUUGCAAAGAGGGGGGGACCUUGUAGUCUAUGUAUUUCUUUACUGCGCUUUUCAAAAACAUGCGAACUCUGAAGCUCAAAAGCUGCCUUCACAAUUAAUUGCAUUUCUCUAUGCCAUCAAUCACAAUUGCAAAUACAAGCAACCAACCCUGAUACACAGAAACACACAAAACGGUUCGAAAUCCACCAAUCACAAAUCUCAAAACGUGACCUUUUGAACCCGUUGAAGUAAACUUCUGUCUCCUAAAGGCUGGUUUUCACUAGCGACGGAGUCGGAGUCGUAAUAAGAAGUUUAGGGCUUAUGAUCCAGUGAAAACAGCAUUCCCAUUCCCCUUACAGCUCCAUCGCUUACGUUCCGCUUAUGAUCUAGUGAAAACCUGAUUGUCGGAGUCGGAAGCAGAAGCGGAAGAACUAUACCAAUCACAAAGCGUGGGAACGUGCAUUGUAAUAUUGGUUUAUCCUUCCACUUCUGCUUCUAACUCCGACAAUCUGGUUUUCACUAGAUCAUAAGCAGAACGUAAGCAACGGAGUCGGAAGAGGGGUUGGAAGAAAUGGAAACAUUCUGAUUCUUCUGACUCUGAUUCCAUCACGCUUAUGACACCCCUUACGACUUCGAUUUUUUAUUUUCACUAGGUCAUAAGCGCUCUUACAACUCCACUUACAACUCGGACUCUGACUACGACUCCGUCGCUAGUGAAAACCAGCCUUAAGAGGUCCACUAAGAUGAUUGACAGCAGUAAAAAAAUGUAAACGUCGCUUGCCUUUUGAACUUCAGAAUUGGCAUGUUUUUGAAAAGCACAGUAACUAACACACAUCGGUCAUUACAUAAGCAGCGAAUGCAUACCUUUGUUGUCCAGGGGCAGUGCCUGAGAAGAAAACCCUUUUUUAAAGCUUCAAUUUAAUUUGAGUUUGUACAAAAUGUAUCAUCUGAAAAUUAUAAUUCAUCUUAGCCUGAGAGAACAGCCCUCUCCCCUCACUCACAUUUAAUUACCUAGCAGAAAGGAGCAAGGAAAAACAGCAGUAUUAAUUUGCAGGUUAAAUUCAUCUUGGCCAUGAGAUGUACCUAGAAACCAACUGUUAAACAUAUUCCUUUUUUAAACAGAAUGAAAGGGAAUUUUUUGCAAGACUGCAAUCUUUAGAUGAAGGUGUGCAUCUUUAUGAAGAUCCACAUUUGCAAGAAGAAGCUUUGAGUCAUGUACCAGUUGAGGAGUUAAAGGAAAGAGCAAGGGAGGCUUGUGAAAAAAGCAAAGAAGGUGGACAAGAUGGUGUGGACGAAAAGGAUUGUUUUUUGUUGGAGGUUCUUGCAUGGUUUGGUAUGCACAAUCAGUAUGUUUGUUUGUUGAACCAUAACAGGAGCUGUAUGCGUGGUACGCACAUGCACCUGAAAAAGUUGAGGGUACUAAAAUGAAAUAAAUGAAAUAAAAAUGUGAAUAAGAAAAAAUAAAUAAAAAUUGAUCAUAUAAUUGUCUAAAAUGCAGUUUGCCUCAAUUCAUUUAACUCUCCUUGUUUCCUUGAAAUAAUUAUUUCUAAAACAACAGACUGUUUUUUUCCACACCCUAAUGUCAGUUUCCAGAGAAGCAACGUGAUUCAUUGGUGGACCGAAUCUGAUGUUCUUUAGUCAAUGAAUCCAAAAAGAUGACAAAAAAUUGUACAAUUUGUUUACAUCAUUUCAUAUCCAUUAAUUAAACACUUAGGCUUAUUACGUAACCUCACCUUAAAUGAAAGAAUAUGAAAAAGACUAUAGACUUUGGGGGCAGGGUGGGGUGGGUUGGGGGGAUACCUCUGGAAAAAUCCUGGCUACGCCUCUGCAUAAUUCUCUUAAAUGCAGGUGCUUACACUUGGUCCUGAAGGUGUCUUAAUUCUUAUAUUAAUUUAUUUUAUUCAUUUAAUGUAUUUAUUCUUUUGACUUAAAAAAAAAGGGGAGUAGUAGAGCUUAAAUAAUAUUAACAUCUCUUAAUCUCAGUUUGUAUGACAACAACUCAAGCUGUUCUUUCAGGUACCUUUUUUCACUGGGUGGAUAAACCAAUUUGUGCAGAUUGUGGUACUAAGACAGAAUCCAACGGAGGAGCAUAUCCAACUGAAGAAGAGAGACAGUGGCUAGCAGGGAGAGUUGAAUUAUAUAAAUGCCCAAACUGUGGGAAAGAUGAAAGGUUUCCUAGAUACAACCAUCCAAGAAAACUACUGGGUAAGUUUAGAUUACCAAGUUGGGACCUAUUUUUUACCAAACCUUGAGGCAAAACAUGGGACCUAUUUUUUAUAUCCACAAGCAAAUUCUCCAAUCUAAGUUGAAACCUUUUUGCAAAAUUCUCAUAACCUAAUCUCUUGACAAUUAAAUGAGGAGAAUAACAGAAUUGGGACUUAAAGGGUAACUCAUAUAACUCAAUGCUCCUAGGAUCACAAGCUGAGAAAGGCUAACAAGUUUUCAAGAAUUUGCAAUUAUUUUGUCUAUCUGUACCUUCUUUUGCAUGUGCUCUGUUAUUUACCGGUUUAUCCCCUUCUCACACACAACUGGGAGCCAACUGCCAAGUUUCAUUAAGUUCCUUGCAGGAAAUGGCCACUGUCUUGUCUUUUUACAGAAACCCGUCGUGGCAGAUGCGGUGAGAUUGCAAAUUUUAAAGCAUUGAUGCUACAGUCACUUGGUUUUGAGGUGCGACACGUCACUGACUGGACAGAUCAUGUGUGGGUGGAAGUUUACUCAGAAUCUCAACAAAGAUGGAUUAUCUGUGACGGAGGCAAAUGUGAUGACUUCCUGCUUUAUGAACAGGGCUGGGGAAAGAAAUUAACUUACAUUGUGGCAUUUUCUAAAGAUGAGGUGUGCUAUGCCUUUAAGAUCCUCUAUAGUCCUAGCUCUAGUUAUUCAUACAGAGGCCCACUUAUCAGAGUAUGUAUGUCCCUAGUCUGAAUUUUAAAAAGUGGCUGUUUCACAUCUUGAGGAGUGGGCCAUGUCCUGUUGGUAUUUUGCUAUAAUUGCAUCUGUGAUUUUCCUUGUUACUGAAACAGUUUCAACAAAACUGUGUUGUUUAACGCCAUUUCAUCUGUGUAAUGUCAUUGUUUCAAGGCCAUGUUGCUUGUCAAAAUUUUACCCAAAGAGGGCCUCUAGACAAAUUUUCACUAGAAUCUGGCUGACCUCAGCAGUAGCAUCUUAGUCUUGUGUAAUAAAAAAGCUUGUGAAUUCAUGCUGGGUCAUCUCUGUUCACAUGAUUGACUCCUUCUUUCAAAGGAGAGGUAAAAAGCCACUCAGCUGAGAAAGGCUGUAGGCCUGUAGGCCUGUAGGGAUGGGCAUGGGUUUCUCUUCUUGGCAAAUUAGGUAGUAUUGUUUUUUAUAGGGCCUUAAACCAGUAGCAAUAAGUACAAAAGAUAAAUUUAGUUAUUUGCUUACCUAUUCAGUUAGUCAUUCACUCAGUCAUCCAUUCAUUGACAUUUUGUUCACCCAUUCAUUCAUUGAUUCAUUCCUUCAUUAACCAGCCUUAAUUCUCAAAAGAAGUAAUGUUACCUUAGUUAUAAAUUAACAAGUUUAAACUUAUCUUCAACUAUCAUUCAUCAUGCAUCAAACGCAAAUGAUUUCUUUUGUGUUCUUAGGUAGUGGACGUUACUUGGAAAUACUCGGUGAACCACGAUGAAGUUACACAAAGAAGAUUAAUGGUUCGCGAAGAAUGGCUAUCAAGAGCAAUAGGGUUAUUUAACCAACAGGCAAGUAUAACUGAAGCAAGGUAUCAGAUUGAAAUAAACAAAUUAGUAAGUUAUUAAAACCUUUAAAAGCCAGUUGAAAGGCUCCAUUUGAUUUAUGCUUUCACAGGAAUUUGAAAUUUUUUUUUCAAGAAGUUAUUAAUAAAGCCAGAUGAUAUUUUAAUGGGCAGUUUGCUUUUUACCAGCGCCAACAAAACCUUCCUAUGGAGCGUCGCAUUGCCUUACGAGAGCGUUUUGUCAGGGAACUUGUGGAAUUCUUUUCAAACUACAAAGGAAAACUGUUUGGGACCGCUGAAUGGAGACGCAUGAUAGGGAGACCUGAAUCUUUGGUAACACUUUUUUUUCACUUUUUUUAGUCUUUUAACCACAGGAAGGAAUGUUUCAUCUGAUAUUCAGACCCCUGGGGAGGUUCUCCACUUUAAAAAUCAAAAUAUCUAGUGAUCCACAUACAAAUUCCCCACACUGAUCUCCGGACAUUUUGCUUACAGAAUUAGUUGCAAGAAUCUGACGAAAGAUCAAAGCAGUUUCCCUUUGGUGAUCAUUAAAUAAUUAUCUUGAUCUGUCUUUUGAUGACUGUAUAUUGAUCUUUUUGGGAGAAAAUUGAUGUUGGUCAUCGUUGGGACUUAAAAGGUCAAGGGUGUGUGUUUGUAAUGCUUAAGGACACUAAAAUCUUAAAUGGCCACAGUUAGAGUUGUUGCAGUACUUUUGAGGGGCAUUUUAGUACCAAAAGUAUGAGAUAAAGUUGUGUAUAGUUGCUUUAAAACUUUGGCAUAAUCAUCAGCUUGACAUACUCAAUGUUAAAUGGAACAGGCAACACAGUGUACAAACUUGCACUGACCAGUGUGCAAAAUGUUUGCUUUUAAUCUUGCAGCAUGAACCUUAUAUUUUUGUACCAACUGAUGAAGAGAUAAACAACGAAAGGUACCAACACAUUUUAUUCUGAUUUUUGAGCUAGAGCUUCCGAGUCGUUUUUGUCUGCAUGCUGAUAUGAGGCCGGGUGCUCAGGUUUAAGGCAGAUUUGGUGACAACAAUGCAACAUUAGGGCAGAUGAGGGAAGCACACAGUGAGAACUGAACACAAAGAUCUGACCACUGUCCUCAGUGUUGUCUUUGCUAAACCACCUAAUAAAAUAUUAUUCUAGUGAUGGAGAGGUGUGAAGAAGUUUCUUGAGUUUGAAACUUUGCACUCCUAGGACUGUGAUUGGUUAAGUGUCGGAGUAAAUUAUACAUUAUAUUAAGAUAUUCAUUGUUUUUAUAGGCUGACUUUGAGUUAUUGCUGUGCAAGUGAUAAAUACUUCCGUGGAUCCAGGAAGGAAACAUUCCUGGAGGGCUGGAAGUCUGGAGCAGCAGAAGUGAUCUCAGUGUUCAGAAAAUAUGAGUAUGACUGGACAGCAGUAAGUGUUGUAUGUAUGUAACAGGCACACCAACAUAAGCGGGGAUACAAGUGUGUCAGAUGUAUUAAUUAACAGUUGGUGGCACAGUGUGGACAUCCAACACAGCAGAACUGAACUCAUUGUCUGGAAGUAUAAAUGUGUCUGCACAGGCAUAGUAACUUAAUCUGGAAUGGGACAAGUUAUCUCCAUAUUUUACCGGCAGAGUACACGCAUAGUUGUCACAGGCAUACCAACAUAGAUAGGAUAUAUUGUCCAUAUGAAUGUGCCACAGGCAGGACAAGCUAGUGGUAUAGGAUGGAAAUCUAGAUUGGGGGAAGUGAUCUCUGUUUAUGCGCAGGUUAUUGAUCCAUGCAAGUAUAAUCAUACCGUCCAACAUAGAUUAGAUAUAGGGCUGAUAUGGGUGUGUCGUAGGUAUGGUAGCAAGGUUUGGAACAGAGGAAAUCUAUAGUGGUAGUUCUCAUUGGUCAGCAAAUAUAUGUAUGGACAUGAGUUAGUGCAGCUUCUUUGUCAUAGUACAACAAAACUGUCUGGUGUAGAGCUGUUAGUCAUAUGGUGAUGGUAUUUAGCAGAUGUGAGCAUUAUUGGACAAAGUGUGUAUUCCAGAAAAACCAACAUGGGUGAUCUAAAUAAUCGUAAAAACAAUUUGUCCAUUGUAGGUGCUUUCUUAUCUCCUUGAGAGAGGAGUCCAGGAAGAUGACCUGACAUUCUUACAGACAGGAAAUGUAAGCAUAUUAUAUUUUAUCUAAAAUUUACUGCUUUUAUGAGAAAGGUGUGAAUGAUGUGGAACAGACAAAGUUGUCAUAUCUUAAUGUUAAUUCACAGUGACCUGAAUAUACAUGCGAAAAUUUAGUAUUAAAAUGCUUCGGAUUUGUUAAUCCUUUUAAUUUUUCUGACAAUAAAAAUUGGUUUAUUAUUUAUGUCAGGCCUACCUUGCACGACUACAUGGCUCUCCAUCUGGCAUGAUUGCAUGGAAGGUGGAUUUGACUUCCUCUGAUUUAGUGAUUGAUGAAGUUACUAUAAUGGCCAAGGUCACUACAACAGAAACUGGGCAAGUGGACUGGAAACUAGUGGGGGAUGAUGAAGACACACAAAGCCUCGAUUUUAGUAAUGGUGUGUACUUCACCCAUUACAUGAUCUAACGUAAUUUUCCUAUCAGUAAAUAAAAUAAAGGAAUUCAACCAAGAAAAUAAUUCCAAACUUCAUAUUGUAAAAAAUAGUAGUUCCAUGUGAAAGUUAACAGUGAUUUGUCUUUCUGUUGUUCACACCACAGGAUUUCGCAAAAUAAGAGUUACAACUGCAAUAUUGAUUGAUUGAUUGAUUGAUGUAGUGACUAGCUGAGUGACUGUUUGACACAAUCCUUAGUUCACUGACUUACUGUUAUGACAUACUGACUGGUUUUGCACACAUAAAAGGGUGCAAAUAAAAUAGAAGCAAUGUAUGAAAGGCUGGUGUAAACUUAAAAAUUACACGAGGUUCAACUUUUCCAUUUACGCACGACUCUCAAUACGUUACCUCUAUUUUAUUAACACGGCAGUGAAAAUCCACCCUUACUGGUGGAUUGUCUGAUGGUAAGUAACUGCUUCAUUGAAGGAUGAAGAGCCAAACUCAUUCAUUCUUAAAACAUUAUGCUCACGUACAUAAUUUAUAUAAUAUCUUUGGUACCUUGCAGAUCAGAAGUUACUAACAACUUCAUCCUUAAGUGGCUCCAAGACUCUGAAACUAACAGCUAAACUCAGUGGAGGAAAAGGAGAUGUUGCCUGGAAACAAGCACAGUUAUUUAGCCAGCCAGUCAGAAGCGAGAAUGAUAUUACCUUUGAUAUCACCAUCACUCUACGUUUUCCUUAGUGUAACACAUUUAAACAUAUUAACCCCUACCAUUUGCACCAAUAUUCUCCAAAAUGCUUUAUUAUAAAUUUUCUGUGUUACUGAUAAGGAAAAUGUUUGUAAUGGUCACGAUAUUGUUUGCUGGUCGUUUACUUUUUUUAACACCUUCGUGUCAAAAAUUAUACCUCAGUGACAUUCUGAGGACAAAUCAAAUGUGGCCCACCUUAAAGGACAGGAUACAUGAAUUCAAGAUUUUCUUUCCCUUUGUAUUUAAAAUAUAAUAGAUUAAGUUGUAAAUGUCUUACAAGUAUAAUAUGUAUUUGUAAGUAGAGUUAAGUAAUCAUAUCUCUGAGUGUAAAUCAAGUUGUCAGGGUUGAUGUCAAAUAUCACAGAACUGAAAUAUGUGGCAAUUUUGACCCAUCACAUGUACAGAACAAAAAUUUGUAAGUAUAGGUAGAAUGGGAACGUUAUUUAUAAAAAUCAAUCACUUUAUCAGUGUGAAGGGAUUGGGACUAAGGAUUGUGUCAAACAGUCACACAAAGGGUGAAUAAAGAGAUGUACAAGAC